AUGCAGCUCCGGACGGGAGCGGCUUCGGUGGUUCGGACCGGUCUUGGUCUUACACAGUCGAGAUGUGCCGUACAAAGCCUUACAGUAGUGCCCCUCGAGCGGAGGAUACGGCAGUCCAAGGCCCUCUACCACAACACCAAGAAGAACGACUCGGCAUGGGCUGCUGCUGUCUCGGUGGCCGGCAACAUUGUCAACAAUGCCGUGACCAAGGCCAUCAAGGGCACCGACGGUCUGCCCACCAUUGACCCUCUCCGUCUUGUCGCCGGCGAGAUGAAGUUCCUAACAGGCAACAUCCGCAAGCUCCUGGGUUCUGGCCACCCCUCGCUCGACCGCGCCGCCAAGUACUACACACAGGCCGAGGGCAAGCAUGUGCGCCCAUUAAUCGUCCUCCUCAUGUCUCGUGCCACCGCUUUGUGUCCCAAGGCUCCUCAAAGGCAACAAUCGACUCUCCAGGCCUCGGCCGCCAUUGAUACCUCAAUCUCGCCUCUCAACAUCCUCUCCGACUUCAACCCUUCUGACGCCACUCCCGUCUCCAUUCCCGCAGAUACCGACAUCCUCCCUUCCCAGCGACGACUUGCCGAGAUCACCGAGCUGAUCCAUACCGCCUCCCUUCUUCACGACGAUGUCAUCGAUCACUCCGAGUCCCGCCGCGGCGCUCCCUCCGCCAACCUCGAAUUCGGAAACAAGAUGGCCGUCCUGGCUGGUGACUUCCUUCUCGGCAGAGCCUCCGUCGCCCUUGCCCGCCUUCGCCACGCCGAAGUUGUCGAGCUUCUUGCUACCGUCAUUGCCAACCUUGUCGAGGGCGAGUUCAUGCAGCUCAAGAACACGGCUCGCGACGAAAAGAACCCCAAAUGGUCCGAGGAGACUCUCACCUACUACCUCCAAAAGACCUACCUCAAGACCGCUUCCCUGAUCAGCAAGAGCUGUCGCGCGUCUGCGCUGCUGGGCGGCGCUGAUGCGGCGACGGUGGAUGCUGCCUACUUGUAUGGCAAGAACCUCGGCUUGGCCUUCCAGCUGGUCGACGACAUGCUGGACUACACUCGUAGCGAGAAAGAGUUGGGCAAGCCUGCCGGUGCUGAUCUUGAGCUGGGCUUGGCGACUGCUCCUCUACUGUUUGCCUGGAAGACGAUGCCGGAGCUUGGUCCGUUGGUUGGCAGGAAAUUCGAGAAGGAGGGUGAUGCUGCUAGGGCAAGAGAGUUGGUUCUCCAGAGUAACGGCAUCGAGCAGACCCGUGCUCUCGCCCAGGAUUACGCCGAAAAGGCCAUCGAGGCCAUCAGCGGGUUCCCAGACAGCGAAGCCAAGGAUGGCCUAAUAGAAAUGGCCGUCAAGACGCUAAAGCGCAACAAGUAAAGCACCACCGAAAAGCAAACAAGAAAAAGGGCGAUCAGCGGUUAUUGUAACACCUCCUGAACGAUACAAAAAUCAGAUGACAAAUGCAUACAUGUGCUACUAUGUAGUAGCCCCUGGGUAGAGUGGCAAAAGAGUCGAGAUCAAGCAUAGAGUAGAGGUAGGUAGCCACAUAGGUAUGUUUGGCUACGGAUGUACAGCAACAAAUAUGUGGCUACGAGUGUACAAGCACAAGGGGAAAAAAGGGAAAACGGGAAAGACAAAAAGGGGCCGACAUGACUACCACAGCUAAAGCAGAAGGCUUUUUUUUUUGUGGACGUGGAUGUGGUUUUGGGCGGACGACACAUACACGGCAUACAUACAUGUACUAUCAUCAUCAUCAUCUUCUAUGAUUUUCUAAG